CAUUGCCGGUGACUUAUGGCAGCCCAGCUCCAGGUCGUGAUGUCUCGGGAGACGGAUGUGGAGUGUCAGCAGCCCCACGGCAGUGCCUCCUCACAGUCCCCUGGCAGCAGUGCCUGCUCGCAGUCCCAGGGCGGCCUCUCGCAGUCCCAAGGCGGCCUCUCGCAGUCCCAAGGCCUCUCCUCACAGACUCAAGGCUCUUCACAGUCUCAGAGCACGUCCAGCUCCUCUACCAGCACAGUGCCCACGUCCAGCCAGUCCUCUCACUCCAGCUCGGGAACACUGAGCUCCUUAGAUACGGUGUCCACUCAGGAACUGUAUUCUAUUCCUGAAGAUCAAGAACCUGAGGAGCCCGUCCCUGCCCCUUGGGCUCGAUUAUGGGCCCUUCAGGAUGGAUUCUCCAAUCUUGAGUGUGUUAAUGACAACUACUGGUUUGGGAGGGAUAGAAGCUGUGACUAUUGCUUUGAUGAGCCGCUGCUGAAAAGCACAGAUAAAUACCGGACUUACAGCAAGAAGCACUUUCGGAUUUUCAGGGAAAUGGGUCCUAAAAACUCUUACAUCGCAUACAUAGAAGAUCACAGUGGGAAUGGAACCUUUGUAAAUAGAGAGCUUGUAGGGAAAGGAAGACGCCUUCCUUUGAAUAACAAUUCUGAAAUUGCACUUUCAGUAUGGAAUAAUAAAGUUUUUGUAUUUUUUGAUCUGACUGUAGAUGAUCAAUCAGUUUAUCCCAAGGAAUUAAGAGACAAAUACAUCAUGUCAAAAACUCUUGGAAGAAACCACAGCAAAGAGAACUGUUUCUCUCCCAACAUCAACCUCUCUGUCAUCAGAGCACACCCUGACUUGGAUCCGGCUCUCAAUGUUGAAACAGAAAUAGAAAUUUUGAAAAAAUUAAAUCAUCCUUGUAUCAUCAAGAUUAAAGACAUUUUUGAUGCUGAAGAUUAUUAUAUUGUUUUGGAAUUGAUGGAGGGAGGCGAGCUGUUUGACAGGGUGGUGGCGAAUAAACGCUUGAAAGAAGCUACAUGUAAACUCUAUUUUUACCAGAUGCUCCUGGCUGUACAGUACCUCCAUGAAAAUGGUAUUAUCCAUCGGGAUUUAAAGCCAGAGAAUGUUCUACUCUCAUCUCAAAAAGAAGACUGUCUUAUAAAGAUUACUGAUUUUGGGCAGUCCAAGAUUUUGGGGGAGACCUCUCUCAUGAAAACCUUAUGUGGUACCCCCACCUACCUGGCUCCUGAGGUUCUUGAGUCCUUUGGGACUGCCGGAUAUAACCGAGCUGUGGAUUGCUGGAGCUUAGGAGUUAUUCUUUUUAUUUGCCUUAGUGGGUAUCCACCUUUCUCUGAGCAUAAGACUCAAGUGUCACUGAAGGAUCAGAUCACCAGUGGAAAAUACAACUUCAUUCCUGAAGUCUGGGCAGAGGUCUCAGAGAAGGCACUGGACCUCGUCAAGAAGUUGUUGAUAGUGGAUCCAAAGGUGCGUUUUACAACAGAAGAAGCUUUAGGACACUCGUGGCUGCAGGAUGAGGACAUGAAGAGAAAAUUUCAAAAUUUGCUUUGUGAAGAAAACAAGUCAACGGCUGUAACCCAGGCCCCAGCCCAGCCUUCUACGAGUCGAAAGCGACUCCUUGAAGGGGAACUGGAAGACGCUGACACCACAAAGCGCCUGGCUGUAUGUGCUGCUGUCUCAUGAACAGUGGUUCGGAACAUGAAAGAAAUAUACCUUGUUUACCAUUGUGCUGCAAUUUCUUUUAUAUUUGUUUUUUAGCAUUUGUAUUUUAAUUAUGAGAACAGUUGCCUUUCAGCAGUUGUCAGUACACAGACACCUAAUGGAAACUGGGCUUUGUACUUUGGCUUGCUGAUCCCCUCUUUAUUACAUGCCCUUUUGUGUAUGCAUUUGAAAUCAUGUGCCUUUUGUCUAGUGCCCUACCUUGGCUCCCACCAGGCAGGUUUCCUCAGGAGGUGUCCCUUGGUCUUAGCCUGUGCAAGCUGCCUACACAUUCUAAAGGCUCCUUAGAAAGGGGCCUGGUGAGACUGGGGUGGAGUUUGAAGAAAUUGGCUGACUGUCAAAGUCAUGAGACAGUAGGUACCUUGGUACGUAUACCAUGAGCCUGUUUUAAAUUCUUAUUCUCACCCUCAUAAAGAUACAGGUCCACCGUUAUGCUCAGGGAAAUAAGCCAAAUAGUAUGUGAUUCCACUUACAUGUGGUAUCGUAGAGACAAAGUAGAAUGGUGGUUGUCAGGAACUGGGGGGCAGGGGUAAUUGUGACUUAAUGGAUAGAUUUUCUGUUUUCUAAGAUAAAGAGUUAUUAAGAUGGAUCAUGGUGAAGGUUGCACAGCAAUGUGAAUGUACUUAAUGACACUGUAUGGUGUACUGCAUUAAAAAAAUGG